CAGAGGUCAGACUAGUUUCAGUUAUAAGGAAAAUAAAAUCACACAGUCACUGAGAGGAGAAAUGGCACAGAAAGGAGUUCAGCUGGACCGAGAAACCUUCUCUUGUUCCAUCUGUUUGGAUCUACUGAAGGAUCCGGUGACUAUUCCCUGUGGACACAGCUACUGCAUGAACUGUAUUGAAAGUCACUUUGAUGAAGAGGACAGGAAGCGAAUCCACAGCUGCCCUCAGUGCAGGAAGACUUUCACACCGAGGCCUGUCCUGGAAAAAAACACUGUGUUAACAACCUUAGUGGAGCAGCUGAAAAAAACUGGACUCCAAGCUGCUCCAGCUGAUCAUUGCUAUGCUGGACGUGAAGAUGUGGCCUGUGAUGUCUGCACUGGGAGGAAGCUGAAAGCCAUCAAGUCCUGUUUAGUCUGUCUGGCCUCUUACUGUGAGAAACACCUCCAACCUCACUAUGAUGCAGCUCCAUUAAAGAAACACAAGCUGGUGGCCCCCUCCAAGAAGCUCCAGGAGAACAUCUGCUCUCGUCAUGAUGAGGUGAUGAAGAUUUUCUGUCGUACUGAUCAGCAGAGUAUCUGUUAUCUCUGCACAGUGGAUGAACAUAAAGGCCAUAAAACAGUCCCAGCUGCAGCAGAAAGGACUGAGAAGCAGAAGGAGCUCGAGGUGAGACGACUAAACAUCCAGCAGAGAAUCCAGGAGCGAGAGAAAGAUGUGAAGCUGCUUCAACAGGAGGUGGAGGCCAUCAAUGGCUCUGCUGAUAAAGCAGUGGAGGACAGUGAGAAGAUGUUCACUGAGCUGAUCCGUCUCAUCAGGAGAAGAAGAUCUGAUGUGAAGCAGCAGGUCAGAUCCCAGCAGGAAACUGAAGUGAGUCGAGUCAAAGAGCUUCAGGAGAAGCUGGAGCAGGAGAUCGCUGAGCUGAAGAGGAAAGAUGGCGAGCUGGAGCAGCUCUCACACACAGAGGAUCACAACCACUUUCUACACAACUACCCCUCACUGUCAGCACUCAGUGAGUCUACACACUCAUCCAGCAUCAAUAUUCGUCCUCUGAGGUACUUUGAGGAUGUGACAGCAGCUGUGUCAGAGACCAGGGAUAAACUACAGGACAUUUUAAGAAAGGAAUGGUUGAAUAUCUCACUGACAGUCACUGAAGUGGAUGUUUUACUGUCACCACCAGAGCCAAAGACCAGAGCUGAAUUCUUAAAAUAUUCCUGUGAAAUCACACUGGAUCCAAACACAGCAAACACACAUCUGUUAUUAUCUGAGGGGAAAAGAAAAGUAAGAAGAAUGAAACAACAACAGUCUUAUUCUGAUCAUCCAGACAGAUUCAUUGUUUAUUAUCAGGUCUUGAGUAGAGAGAGUCUGACUGGACGUUGUUACUGGGAGGUGGAGUGGAGAGGGGGAGGGGUUUUAGUAGCGGUCGCAUACAAGAAUAUCAGCAGAGCAGGGUCGGGCGAUGAAUGUGUUUUUGGAUAUAAUGACAGAUCUUGGACAUUACGUUGUGACACAAACAGUUUUCAAUUUUGGCACAACAAUGUCCAAACUGACCUCUCAGGUCCUCGGUCCUCCAGAGUAGGAGUGUACCUGGAUCACAGAGCAGGUAUUCUGUCUUUCUACAGCGUCUCUGGAACCAUGACUCUCCUCCACAGAGUCCAGACCACAUUCACUCAGCCGCUCUAUGCUGGACUUUUUCUUUAUGGAGAUGGAGUCACUGCAGAGUUGAUGUAGUUUCUAAAUAAAAGCUGAGAAGUUCAGUGGUCCAUUGACGUGUGAAAAUAAUAUUGCACUGAUUCAAACUGUACUUACAUUUAUAUACCUUACAUCAAUAUAAAUCUGAAUUUGUUCUUAUGGCUGAUAAUCAUGUGAGUUUAAAUGAUACUACUCUUCAUAUUCAGCAUGUUUGAAAUCUUUCAUCAGUCUGGUUAGUGGUUUUAUUCUGUAGUUCUGUUAUUCUGUAGGGUCGUCAAAAGCAAAAAUAUAUUGGAGCUGCAGUGAUUCAGCAGUUAGUCAAUGAUUAGAGAACUGAUUAGAGAAUAUAUCGAUAUUUUUAAAAAACUUGAUAUAUCGCCCAGCUCUAAUAGACAGUAAAUGAUACAGGCCUGUAUAUUGUGGAGGAUAGACAUGUUUCAUUGCCCUGAGCUGUGUCUGGCAGGCAGAGCGUCUCCACAAAUCUGAUGCUUCUGAUUUGGAGAAAAUGAGCUGAGGAAGACACCUGGUGGACAAAUACAGACAUGACAAGAAGAGAGACUAAAGUGCAGAGUGGAGACAAACAGGUGGAAAUACUUGUUGGAAAGGAUUGUCAUGCUUCAGAAAAACACACAGCACACACUCUAAUAGUCCUUUAUUUGCACUGAAGGAGACACGUGAAGAAACCAAAUCACACAAUAAUGAGGUGAACACAUUUAUAGCCAGUGUUCAAGAUGAUGGAUAGAAAUGAAAAUCAUGGAGCAUUUAUGCAUUUUUAGGUCUGUGUCUUACAGCAGAAGCAGCAUUUACAUGAACUCACUGGCCUUUUUCCACUCAACACUCUCUUCUUCACCACCUCAUCUUCCUCUUCUGACUGCUGCUGAGCUCCAACCCUUUUUACCUCCUGGAGAUGAUUCAUAUUCACUGAAAUUUCACUCAUGACACAGAAACUGUUCAGCUUUUCCCCAUUUAUUAGACUAUUUAUUAGUAAAGUAUUUUUCUUCUAUCAUUGAACCUUUUAAGGGUUUUCUCAUCGUAGUUUUGGGGAGUUUUUAAUUAGAUUUACAGCUUCAGAAUAACUUUGUGAUGUCAGAUUAGAAAGUCUGUGUCCAACCCUGGUGUUUGAUCAGAUGUUUGAUCCCUGCAGGGUUGGAUUUUUUCAUAUGAAUGUUGAAUUUGUUGUACUGGAUUUGAGUUAGAUUAUUACUAAUGGAUGAUUCAUUGUAAAAAGUGGAUCUACCAACAGUUUACUUCUUUGUUAUUAUGAUUAAAUGUAAAACAAAUAUAUUGUCCACUUUUUGUGUGACAGAGGCAGGAAUUUCUCUGUCCUAGAUUUAAACUGUCCAAUAAAUUGUUGAAACUGUCA